GGGAGCGGAGCGGGUCCGAGGUGGGAGGCGCACGAACCGGCUCUGGGAGCCCCUCCCAAGUCCCUGUGCCCAGCGCCCUGUGCCCUACGCGACGGCCGUGCCAGGACUCCAGGAGGGCAGGUGUAGAGGGAGCAAAGGGGACCACGGCCAAAGGUAGAAGCAAGUCCUGCAGAAAGAAAGGCGCUGCUGCUCCGGCUGCUGCCUCCGCCACUGCCGCCACCACCGAACCAGCGUCCAGAGCGGGGCUGGCAGGCCAGGCACGGAGACGAGAGGAGCGAGGGGCGAGCUCAUGGAGCACACGCACGCCCACCUCGUAGCCAACAGCUCGUUGUCCUGGUCCCCCGGCUCGACCUGCGGCUUGGGCUUCGUGCCCGUGGUUUAUUACAGCCUCUUGCUGUGCCUCGGUUUACCAGCCAAUAUCCUGACAGUGAUCAUUCUCUCUCAGCUGGUAGCUAGAAGGCAGAAGUCCUCCUACAACUAUCUCUUGGCACUUGCUGCUGCUGACAUCUUGGUCCUCUUUUUCAUUGUGUUUGUGGACUUCCUGUUGGAAGACUUCAUCUUGAACAUGCAGAUGCCUCAGGUGCCCAAUAAGAUCAUAGAAGUGCUGGAAUUUUCAUCCAUCCACACUUCUAUUUGGAUUACUGUUCCAUUAACCAUUGAUCGGUAUAUCGCAGUCUGCCACCCACUCAAGUACCACACGGUCUCCUACCCAGCCCGCACCCGGAAAGUCAUUGUAAGUGUUUACAUCACCUGCUUCCUGACCAGCAUCCCCUACUACUGGUGGCCCAACAUCUGGACUGAAGACUACAUCAGCACCUCCAUGCAUCACGUCCUUAUCUGGAUUCACUGCUUCACCGUGUACUUGGUGCCCUGCUCCAUUUUCUUCAUCUUGAACUCAAUCAUUGUGUACAAGCUCAGGAGGAAAAGCAAUUUUCGCCUCCGUGGCUAUUCCACAGGGAAAACUACUGCCAUCUUGUUCACCAUUACCUCCAUCUUUGCCACACUCUGGGCCCCCCGCAUCGUCAUGAUUCUCUACCACCUCUAUGGGGCACCUAUCCAAAACCGCUGGCUGGUGCACAUCAUGUCCGACAUUGCCAACAUGCUGGCCCUUCUGAACACAGCCAUCAACUUCUUCCUCUACUGCUUCAUCAGCAAGAGGUUCCGCACUAUGGCGGCCGCCACGCUCAAGGCCUUCUUCAAGUGCCAAAAGCAACCUGUACAGUUCUACACCAACCAUAACUUUUCCAUAACAAGUAGCCCCUGGAUCUCACCAGCCAACUCACACUGUAUCAAGAUGCUGGUGUACCAGUAUGACAAAAAUGGAAAACCUAUAAAAGUAUCCCCAUGACCUCACAGGUUUGGCACCUAGUGCCUCUGUCUAAUCUAUUUCCAGAUGGGAGGGUAGCCCACUUAAAAGUGCUAACCUGAUUUCCUAUCUCCACAGACUGAGCAACCCUCAGACUGGUAGAUGAGAAAAGAUGGAAGAGAAGAAAGAAAAGCAUCAAUCUUGUUUUCAUUUGUGCAUUUAUUUUCACAAUGUCACUUGACAGCAGAAUUUCUACCAGUUUGAAGAUGUCUUUAGAGGUUGUGUCAUCAUCCUGUGGCCAAUGAGGACACAGGAAAGAAAUAGUCUAUGACUUUGCCUUGGCACCAUCCAGUCAUUGGGAACCUCUCAUUUAUGUGACACACCAAGCCACAAUAGCAGGUAGCUGAGUCCACACUCUUCCUCUAAGAGCUGAGGUCAACCAUCUCUUCCCUGUGCCAUCCCCAGCAGCUAAUAAUGCUGACCAUUGGGAUUUGGGAUUUUUCCAAGGUGCCCUUUGUCCUAGAGAAGGUUGUGGUCUUGAAGUGGCCCUGGAACCCUAAGCUACAGAAUGACACUGUAAGGGGACAAGCAAGUAUUAAUCCCAUCCAAACUCUAGCCAGAGCUUCUUUGGAAAGGCUUCAAACCAACAUAACUAUGACCCUCAGAUUUGGGUCUAAAAUGCAGGCUUUCUAUUUGUCAUUAUGUAUAGAUUUUAUCUAUCUCCUCCAAAACAAAGACCCCUGCCUGGUGCGUGGGGGGAAGGAGGAUCUCUUGAGCCCAGAAAAACAAAAAAAUAAGCCCACUCUUGCCAUUGUUUCGAUCCAUCCCGUGUCAGCUGUGUAUGAUCCCUUUACUCAAAAUAGCUUCUUAUUGCGGUGCCACUUAAGCUUCCUGGAGAAGCCUUUUACAUGUAGAGUUGACAACCCUGCCUCCUUGCUUGCUGAAGCCCUCACCAAAUUGUUUUAUCUGAAGUGACUUCCAAACUGGACUUAAUUUUCAAGGGUCAGGAACUGUAGCCCUCCAGGUGUGAAAGGAGACAUUCUUAGCUCUGCCCCACAGUCUACCUGGUAUUACUAUUCAGCCACAAAUGCAGAUAAAAUUCACACGGAAAGGUGCCCAUGUUGUCUGCUUGUGUGCCCUUUGAUGCAUAUGGCUCAAAAGGGUGGUACCAGUUUUCAGUGAAGCUACUUAAUUCAGAUCCUUUGCAAAAUGAUAAAAUAUGAAUUUAUUUAGCUCUUCUCCCCUUGCCUGUCCAAGGCAAGAAGAGCCCUCUGAUGUAAUUAAUAGGGGCUUCCCUCGGAUUUGCCACUCAUGUGUGUACACACACAUGCCCACACAUGUUUGAUUAUAUUAGGCUUAUAUGUAUCCAGUAAUGUAUUUUAAAAGGAAAACCAUGCUGGAGUUCCACUUAUUUAGCUUUUUAAAAAUUUCUCUUCCAGAUUACCAGUAUUUGAAAUUAUCUGUGUUCUGGAAGAAAUCUCCCCAAAAUGAUUUUGGAAUUGUAUGGUGUUUUUGGUGAGCAAACAAAAAGCAAACAGUCCUCCUGGAACACUUGGUUCCUCAGGCUGGAUUCUUACUACAUUUUUAGUCCUAAAUUGGAAGACGUGUCUACCCUUUUUAAGGAAAUCUGCAAUAAAAUGAGUAUGGUAGAAAAGGCCCCAGUGCAACACAAGCCCUAAACAAUUAGUCAAUGCCCUCAAUACUAAGUCAAUAUAAUUUUAGGUCAUGGUAGUCCUGAUUAUUCUAAUUCCUACUCCUUUUAAAUGACUGCAGUAGAGUCUCAUCUUACCCAAAGAUUAGAUUCUAAAGUCAGUGCAAAAGAAAAAAAUCUGGCAGAGCCGAAGUUACUUCUGCAAGGUCCUGAGGAAGGAACCGUAUUGGAGACCAUAUUCUAAUCCUUAUAAAACCUAACUCAGCUAAGUUCUUCUCCAGCAAUAGAACAGAUUUCUUAUACCAAGGAUAAGACAAAGUUGGCAUGCAUUUAGAGACCUCCCUUCACUGUAUGAAUCUAAUGUAUCCAAGAACAUUAAGAUCGCACUGGUGCAGCAAGAUGCUCCCACUAGAAGAGGUUCACGGAAGUUGUAUGAGGGACAAACAGGUUAGUAUGUCCCAUAUCACACUCUCCCCAGCGCACAUGUGCAUCAAAUGGAAUGGUGGGCAGACUCUCCCACAACCUUUAAAUUGCAUUUCUCUUUCAGUUUCUUUUUUGCCAAGCACAUGUAGUCCAAAUAUGUCGUGUUCAUUAAGUGUGUGUAUGAUGCA